AUGACCAGGUUGCUGAAGACAUCGGAAGACUGGGCGCAGAGUUGGACGAGGCAGAAGAUAGAGAAAGAUGGAGGCACCUUGUUGGCGAUGCCAAAAAUCUCCUUGGAUUUGUGUGGCCACAGGAACUUCAGAUUCACUUUCUCGCCCCCCCCUCUCCCCCUGGAGUCAUCUCCCGCCCCCGAAGGUCAGUAUAAAGCUGGUUUUGCCGCCCGCCACCUUAGUGACUCCCGACCCUUCAGCAUGUGGGUUUCACUGGUAACGCAGUUCCUGGCACUCGCUUACACGUUCCUGGCACUCGCCCCGUGUGCCACCGGCGAGCCCCCCUCUGGUUAUAGAGGCCAUGGAGGUGGUGGAGGAGGUCAUGCCCUGGAGGUAGCCAAGCAUGGAGGUUACCUGGACGAGGACUCCUUUCAUGGCGGUGGCAAAUACAAGGGAGGCGGAGGUUUUGGAGGGAAGGGAUACGGGAAGGUGAAGACCAUCGUCAUCCGAGGAGAUGGAGGAAGCGGGAAGAGCUUGUCGAGCCUCUUCGGCAACCUCGGAGGAGGCGGUGGACAUGGAGGAUACAGUGGAUAUAGUGGCGGACACGGGAGUAGCCUCGGGGGUUACGGAGGAGGAUAUUCGGACGGUGGAUACAGCGGACACUCCGGGAGUAGCUACAGCAGCGGUGGAUACCCAGGACAUGGAAGUGGAGGCUACAGCAGUGGAAGUCUAGGAGGAUACUCUGGAGGUGGAGGACAUGGAGGAUACUCUGGUGGUGGAGGACACGGUGGGUACUCGGGAAGUAGUGGAGGUGGUUACAGUGGCGGAUUCUCCGGAAACGACCUAAGCAGCCACGGAGGGUACAGCGGUGGUGGUGGACAUGGAAGUUACAGUUCCGGACACACAGUAGCAACCCUGGGAGGCUACUCCGGCGGUGCCGGGGGUGGUUACUCCGGAAGUGACUACAGCAGCGGGGGUCAUGGAUACAGUGGCAGUGGAGGCUACAGCAGCGGUGGCCAUGGAGGAUUCUCUGGAAGUAGUGGCCAUGGGGGGUACUCUGGAGGUGGUGGACACGGUAGUUACUCGGGAAGUGGCGGUCACGGUGGGUACUCCGGUAGCAGUGGUCCAGGGUAUAGCAGUGGGGGGCAUGGUGGGUACUCAGGGAGUAGUGGAUAUUCCGGAAGCAGUGGUCUAGGAUAUUCUGGAAGCAGUGGUCUUGGAGGAUAUUCCGGAAGCUCUGGUCAUGGAGGAUACUCGUCAGGGGGCGGACAUGGUAGUUCCGGAAGUGGUGGACAUGGAGGAUAUUCUGGAAGCAGUGGUCUAGGAUAUUCUGGAAGCAGUGGUCUUGGAGGAUAUUCCGGAAGCUCUGGCCAUGGAGGAUACUCGUCAGGGGGCGGACAUGGUAGUUCCGUAAGUGGUGGACAUGGAGGAUCCUCCGGAAGCAGUGGCCACGGAGGAUAUUCCGGAAGUACCGGAUACUCCGGAAGUAGUGGUCUCGGAGGUUACAGUGGCGGGCAUGGCACCGGCGGGUACUCUGGAAGCGGUGGCCACGGCUACAGUUCUAGCCCAGUUGGAGGAGGAUACAGCGGCAGCUCUAGCCACGGGAGUGGAUACUCGUCAGGAGGGCACGGCGGUGGAGCUGGAGACAGCCACGGGUACGCCAGCUCCUACCAGGGCAGCUACUACAACUCUAGUCCUCUCAGCAGCAGCAGCAGUAGUAGUGGAGCCUUCAAACCCUCCCACUUCUCAGGAUGGCAGAGUCUCAAGCCUCAGGAUAUCACAAGUAGCAGUUCUUCAUAAAUCACGUAAUUUAUUUAACUCUUGUUUUGUACAGUUUUAACUUAUUUUUCUCACCAAUGAAAUUAGUGAGUAGUGAUAAAUUGUAAAUAUUGUUAAAAUAAACGUCCUUUUGAAAA